AUGGCUGCCACAUCAAGCACGAGCUCUACCUUGCCACCACCGCUUGGGCCCGAGCAAGAGGACCAAGAGUGCUCUGAGACACACAUGUCUGUUUUGUGGUAUGCAGGGCAGCUUGCAAUUACUUACUAUGACACAGAAGAUUGCUCAGUUUACUUCAUGCCUGACACACCUGAUAAUGAAGACCUCCAGCUGCUGCAUAAAGUGAUUGGGGAAGUUAAUCCUCAAAGCAUAGUGACCAGUGCAAAACAGGACCAGAAUAUUGCCAAAUUCCUGACCAACCUAACAGCUACUGCUGGGGAUAAAGAUGUAAGAAAACCAGAAAUUGUCCUGUUUCCUAACAUAGAUUUUGGCCUAGAAGUCAGCAAGCAACGGAUCCUAUCUAGGCAAUUUCCGUUUAUCCCAUCUCAUAUGACUGCAACAGAGAAAAUUCUCUACUUGUCCUCAAUCAUCUCUUUUGAGAGCCCACUCAUGGUACGAGCCCUGGGGGGCCUCCUUAAGUUCCUAGACAGGAGAAGGGUUGGAGUUGAGCUGGAAGAAAGCACUAUUACAGUUCCUAUUUUGGCCUUUAAAAAGUUUGUGCUCUCAGAUAUUGUGAAUAUGGAUCAAGACACUUACUGUGUCCUGCAGAUAUUUAAAAGUGAUAUCCAUCCUUCUGUGUACAAGUUGUCCAGUGGAUUAAAAGAAGGAUUCAGUUUAUAUGGAAUUUUAAACCGUUGCAGGUGCAAAUGGGGAGAAAAACUGUUGCGGCUGUGGCUCACACGACCUACUCGGAAUCUGACAGAGCUGAACAAACGGCUAGAUGUUAUCCACUUCUUCCUGCUGGCUCAGAACCACGAAACAGUCCUCACUCUUCAAGGCUGCCUCAAGAAUAUUAAAAAUGUGCCUCUCAUUCUAAAGCGAAUGACUCUUGCCCACACAAAAGUUAGUGACUGGCAAGCACUCUAUAAGACAGCGUACAGUGCAGUGUGCCUUAGAGACACAUGUCGUUCUCUGCCCAGCACGAUCGAACUCUUUCAGACCAUCUCCCGUGUCUUCACUGACGACCUGCACUACAUUGCUAGUCUGAUCGGCAGAGUGGUGGACUUUGAAGGCAGCAUCUCAGAGAACCGCUUCACAGUUCGACCCAACGUGGACCCCACCAUCGAUGAGAAGAAACGAAAGCUGAUGGGACUGUCAGACUUCCUUACAGAAGUGGCACGAAAAGAACUGGAGACCUUGGACAAUCAUAUUCCCUCCUGUUGUGUGAUCUACAUUCCUUUGAUUGGGUUCCUCCUCUCCAUUCCACGGCUACCAACUAUGGUGGAUAAGAGCGACUUUGAAAUUGAAGGCUUGGACUUCAUGUUCUUAUCAGAGGAUAAACUGCAUUACAGGAGUGCUAGGACUAAGGAGCUAGACAGCCUGCUGGGUGACUUGCACUGUGAGAUCAGAGACCAGGAAACACUUAUUAUGCACCAGCUGCAGACAAAGAUCUUGGAGAAGUCUGAAGUGCUUAACAGUGUGGUCAAGUAUACGGCACACCUGGACGUGCUACUAGCUUUGUCAGUGAUGGCUCGGGAGAACGCCUACUGCCGGCCACGCUUCACUCUCCGCCAUGGCUUCCGCAUCAAGGAUGGAAGACAUCCGCUCAUGGAACUGUGUGCAAAGACUUUCGUGGCCAAUCCUGUGAACAGUGGCGAGGCUACCAGACGAAUAAAGAUCAUCACUGGGCCCAACUCAUCUGGAAAGAGCGUCUACUUAAAGCAAGUAGGUCUUAUAGUAUUCAUGGCGCUAAUCGGCAGUUACGUCCCUGCAGCAGAGGCGGAGAUUGGAGUCAUUGAUGCGAUUUACACAAGAAUCCACAGUAGGGAAUCAGUUUCUGUAGGGCUCUCUACUUUUAUGAUUGAUCUUAACCAGGUUGCCAAGGCAGUAAACAAUGCUACAGAGAGGUCCUUGGUACUUAUUGAUGAGUUUGGUAAAGGGACCAACACGCUGGACGGCCUGUCCCUUCUGGCUGCUGUCCUGAGGUACUGGAUCAGUCAAGGAACCCAGUGUCCGCAGGUCUUCAUCUCCACUAAUUUUCACAGUUUAAUGCAGCUAGAACUUCUGCCUGACACACCUCUUCUAGAGUACCUGACCAUGGAGACCCACCAAGAUGGAGACGAGCUGAUAUUCUUCUAUCAGAUCAAACAGGGCAUGUCCACUGUUAGCCAUGCUGCCAACAUCGCUGCAUUAGCAGAUGAAAGAGGAGUGGAAGUGUCAGAACUGAUUCGCAAUGGAAAAGAUAUCAAACGUAUUGAUCACCCUUCGAAAGCAGAUCAGAUGGAAAAAUGCCAGUCCAUUGUGGAAAAGUUUCUUUGCCUAGACCUCGACAAUCCCCAUGUGGACUUAGAAGAGUUUAUGCGUAAAGAGGUGCUGCCUGCUGCAGCCUCAGUCCUGUAA